AAAAAAGAUUGACGAGUAUCGUUCAAAAUGUGAAGAGCAGCAAGCUACGUCUGUACAAUAUAUGGAACAGGUCAAAUACUUGACUACCACUUGCUGUGAGCUGGAGAAGGAAGAAGCGAAAUUAAACGCUGAGCUUCUUGAAUCAAACAGCUCAGAUCUUGCGUCCAUUUCAGCGAAAGAUUCAGAAUUAGCUGAGUGCAGAAAGCAAUUGGAGGAUUUAAGAUCGAAGGUCGAAAAAACGUCCGAAGAAUUUAUCAAAAUUACCGCGGAUAAUAAAAACUUAUCUGAAACUGAAGUCAAAUCUGUUGAGAAAAUGAACAGCUUGACGGAAAAGUUACAAAAUAAAAACGGCGAGGUAGCAAAACUAGACGCCGAUCUUAGUAAUGCUUUAAAGGAGCAAGAAGAAUUGUCAUCGAAUUGUGAGAGCCUUAACGUACAGUUGAUAGCGCUGAAAGACCAAACUUGUCGGACUAAAGCAGAAUUUGAAACAUGGGAAUUAACACAAAAUCAAAAACUUAGAAACAUAUCUGAAUUGAACAAACAACUUGCUACGUCUGAGCAUGAUUUGAAAGAUGUCUCCGACUAUGUGACCCAACUCGUUUCAGAACUCGCUAAUAAAGAAGCGAAACAUUCUGCAAAAUUGAAUCAAUAUGAGAAGACUAUUGAAGAAAAGGAUUGUAAAAUUACAGAAUGUUCAAAAACGCUCGUAAAUUUGCAAAGAAAAAAAAAGCGCAAUGAAUUGGAGUAUAAAAAGAAACUGCAGAUAAAAAAAAACUUGGCGGAGCAAUGUCAAGUAGCUGGGCAUACAAAAGAGAUCCAGGAACAGAAAGCAAAAAUCGAUAUUCUCAAAAAUCAGAUAUCGGUUGAAAAGCUGAAGCUUGAGCAAAACGGUUUGAAAGAAAAAGAAUUGAAUAAACAGAAAGAAAUCGAGGAUUUGAAGUUAGCGGAAUUGCAAUCCAAAUUUUCCGAUCUUAAAGCCAAAUACUCUGCUGCUAAAGAACAAAACAACGAUCAUCGUAUCAAAUUGCAGAAAAUUCAAGAGGCGAAGCAAAUUACGAACACGGGGACGACGUCGCUAUCAGUCCUCUCAAGUCCACUCCUCGGAAUGAGUUUCGCUAAACCCGAGGGAAGUAUGAUAUCAUCGACACCCGUUCAUAGUCCGCCUGGGACUGAAAUGACACAUUUUGAUAUACCUUCCGACCUAAGUAGCAUUGACGGAAUGCAGACAAUUGCAGAAAUAGAACGCGGGUAUGAAACGUUGAGUCAGUCUAAUAAAACCGACGCUGCAAAAUUGAAUCAAACAGAUAGGACAGAAAAUACUGGCUCAAACUCAUCUGCAAUUGGUGUGGUACCACAACAGAGAAAUAUAAAAUCUUACAAACCAUGUUACAGACGAAAGUAA